AUGCCCGACAAGGUUCCCACCCUCGUCGAAUCGGGCCUCCUCAACGGCGGCAAGCGCUCCGUCAUCGCCUCCGAGCUCGGCCCCGGCUCGACCACAUUCCCCCACUACCACAAGACCUUCACCGAGACCUUCCACCUGCACUCGGGCUCCCUCACCAUCUUCGCCGCGCCCGAGGGCGUCAAGGACGCCGACGCCAUGCGGGAGGCGAACCUCCCCGUCGGCGAGAGCGCCGCCAUCCCGCAGUCCACGGCGCACUACUUCCUCGCCGGCGAGGGCGGCGCCGCCGUGACGGUGACGUUUGAGCCCGCGGCGGUGGGCUUCGAGCGGACGGUGCUCAUCAUGCGCGGCCUGCAGGAGGACGACGAGUACAGGUCGUGGGGGGUCGGCGCCAACGAGGAGAAUGCCAUGUUUGUGUCUGUGCUGAGCGAGCUGACAGACUCGCACCCGCUGACAGCGAACGACGCGGAGAUGAUUGGGAAGCAGGACAGGGAGGGGCAUGAGAAGUUGAAGGGGGAACUCAUUGGGCGGUAUGCUACUGAUGAUAUGCUCAAGGAGGCUGUGGCGAAGAAUGCUGCUGCUGCAUCUGCAUAG